AUGAUGUUGAUGAUGGUCGUAUUAAUGGUAUGUCUCGUAUUAAUUCGACCACAACAAACUGAGCGUGAGCGUGAACGAGCAGAAAAGCGCGCACAAGGAGUGUUCGAAUCUGUUGAUGAUCUUCCAUAUUUUCACAGAAUGAUGACAGGCAAAAUCGGCAGGCUCGUGCCACCUGAAAUGCAACCCUAUCACAGGUACUAUGCACACUUUCUUUACCCGUACAUCCCAUACAGUGAAGCUCAACUUGAGUACAUAAGAGAAGGCAAUGAAGUCAUGCCGGCAACACCUCCUCAUUUCGGUUGGCUUGAGACUGCCUUCAAUGAAAAUAUUAUGAAUGGUAUGAAUGGAAUGAAUGGAUGA